AUUUGCUUUCGUUCUGGGCGCUCGGGGAGCAUGCGCGAUGAUUCAAAAUCACGCAGGAUUGAAUACGUGCCAGACCCUUAAAGCGUCGUAACACAAGGAAUGGCUGAAGAAAUAAGCAACGAUUAAACGCCUCCUGUGUUCAGCUUCACGGACGAAGCAACCCCGAGUGCAAGACGUGAUGAUACCCAGAACGUUUCAUCUACUCUGCGUGCCUACACAACCACUUCUGACGACGCCUGGCCUCACCAGUGGAUCACGCAACACAGCCCAAUAACGGAUGGGACUAAAAACGCCGACAGUGUCACUGACAAUGGUGGCACAAGGCCCAGCACAAGCCGCCCAGGCAUGGUCCAAGCGUCACCCAAUAUAGAAGGUGGCACCACGAAUGCUACUGGAACCAGAGGAAGGGAACCGCAAGAGUCCUGCGUUGUCCGAGCACGUGAUCGAUAGUCUGUCAAGAAAUCGAACCACAAAUGAGAAACAUGUGCCGACAAUACACGCCAGUUACAGGACAUCGAAAGAGCAGCCAUGGCUGAAGACAGCAGCAACGAAUGCACGCCUCUUGACUUAAGCAUGAAGGACAAAACAACACCAUGUACAAGCCAUGACGGUACCCAGGAGGCUUCAUCUACUUUGGGCGCAUACACAACGAUUUCUGAUGACACCUAGCAGUACCAGAGGAACACGCAGUGCAUGCCGAUGACCGACGAGACUUGCAACGUCGAUGAUGCCACUGACAAUGGCAGCACAAGUUGCCUGCCCCUGGGGCCCACCAGGAACAUCGAUAACGUAAGGCCCAGCAGAAGCCGCGCUGGCAUGGAGGAAGCAUCAGCCAGUUUUGAAGACGGUGCCACAUGGGUUUUACGAUUUCAUUCGAGUUGCCCAAGUGCCCGCCGUUUUACUGGCUCUCUCAUCCUUGGCACAGACUGCGCAUGCGCGAUCAUUCAGCAAAGUUCUCUCUCAGAAAGACGCUAGUGCUCCGGAGCGUCGUCACCAGCCAUGACUGAACAAAGAAGCAGUGGGCAAACGCCUCCCGCGUUUGCCUUCAUCGAAGAAGCAACCCCGGGUACAAGCCGUGAAGGCGGCGAGGGAGCCUCAGGCACUUGCGACGAUAUCCCUGCGUAUAUUGACGAGUACAUCAAUGACGCGUUGAAGGCAUUGAAGCGCCAGACCAAUGCCACUGACGUCAAUGAUGCCACUGACAGUGGAAGCACCAACUACGCACCUGUUGUGUCCACUGCUAGUGCCAAUCACGCCUGGCCCAGAACGAGCCAAGCUGGCAUCGAGAAACUAUCGUCUACUACGAAAGACACCAUGAGCUGUUUUGACGACGCCUGGCGUUGCCAGCUGAACGCGCAGCACAGGCCGAUAACCAACCAGACGUACAGCCUCGACGGUGUCUAUUCCAGUGGUGGCCCUAGUCACCUGCACCUGGGGCCCACAAGCAGCAUCGAUCACAAAAAGCCCAGCACAAGCUGCACUGGAAUGGUGGAGGCAUCAGCAAGCUUACAAUACGGAGCCAGAAAUCCUCAGACCACGCGGGUUCACCAAAGCAACGCGCAGUACUACACGACUGCAGGCACAUCCACCAUCCAGGGGUAUGCACACAACAGAGACACCAGAAGCACCAGUUUCACACUUCCAUUCUACAGCAGCAGUGGUGGUGGCAAAUACGCAGUGGCCAGUACAAGCAACGCGGGCACGAAGGAAGCAUCGGGCAUUCCGGGAAAUGAUGCUAGAAUUCCUGACGUCACCGGCGCUGAGCCAUGGAGUACGCAGUACUACGCGGCUUGUGGCACAACUACAGUCUCCGGCCAUACGCAUGUCUCUGAAAGAGGAAUGACCAGUUCCCUACAUAUGGUGUCCAGCAGCAGCGUCAAUCACGCACAGCCCAGUGCAAGCCGCGCUGGAAUUGAGGAGACAUCGGCCGUUGCGGAAAACUUCGCUAGAAUUCCUGACGCCACCGGCGCUGAACCAUGGGGUACGCACUACUACGCGGCUAGUGGCACAACUACAGUCUACGAUGUCUCGUGCAGUCGUAGCACUACUUGCCUGCCCCUGGGGUGCACCAGCAGCAUCGAUCACACACUGCCCAGCACAAGCUGCGCUGGCAUGAUGGAAGCAUCAGCAAGUUUACAAUACGACGCCAGCUCGCAGUAUAAUGCCUACGAGCAACAUGCCUGUGUGCCUGAAGCAUUCCGGAAGGAAACUUUUCCACAAAGCGACUUGCCCACCGCUAACGAAGCCAUCACGCCACAGAAGUCGUGGAGCUCUCAGCGCACGCCGCACUCAUCAAUGUUCGCUGAUCACUUUCAAGGGCAUGCAAACAGUACUGGAAGCGGAAGCGCCGGUUUCACAGUACCGGUCUACAGCAGCAGCAGCGGUGGUGGGAGCGAUGAUUCAGUGGCAAGCACAAGCCACGCGGGCAUGCAGGAAGCAUCGGGCAUGUCGGGAAAUGAAACUAGGAACGCUACUAGAAGCGGAGGAAGCGGACAUCAACAAUUGUCCGGUGUCUCUGGGAAUGUUUCGAGAUGGCGGGAUGCCUUACGCGGGCACGACAACCAGCACACAGGCGAUACAGCCCCCAUUUGUAAAGCACGCGAUCAAUCAUCUGUGAAGCUGUCGGAGUUUGUAGAGUGCUGCCGCAUCCGUGAUGCCAAAAAGCACGAAUGCGAAAUCUGUGGUAAACUGUUCCACCGGGCUGGUAACCUAGAUGUCCAUAAGCGCACGCAUACUGGUGAGAAACCCUACAAUUGCGAAAUAUGUGGUGCAUCAUUCGCGCAGAAUUCGGCUCUCUAUAGACACCAGCUCACUCACACGGACGAGAGGCCCCAUGUCUGCCAUAAAUGUAGUAAAUCAUUCAAAGCGAAACGCUAUCUCAAGGAUCAUCUCAAAUCGUGUUGUAGAAAAGGAGCUUUCAUUUGCGAAAUAUGUGAUGAAUCCUUUAUAGACAACUCUCAUCUCCGCCAUCACUACGCAAGGGUGCACGGGCAUAUAAUACUGCCCGAGUGAUUUCGUUUCGCAGAGAAAGAAACACUUGACGGACAGCUGUGCCGGAAUAAUACGUGCUACUUAGGUUUAGAUUAAUCUGAAGAUGCGGUUCAACUGAAUAGACACCUCGUGAGGACUAGCCGUGUGCAUUCGUAAUAUCUUGACUGGCGCGCAAGUUAAAUAAAUCGCCCACGCCAUUUGUAUAACAACGCGAGAGAGAAAUCAUGCAGGAAAACAACACUGACAUUCUUUGACAGGAGCCAGCAACAGCUAAAUACAUCGUAUGGAGAGACCGGCUUCUCUUCAUAAUUAAAACCGCUGAGUUAAAUGUUCCUUUCUUAACGCUAGUAGACGAGACAUUGUCGAUACAAGUAUUUAUCGAGCAUCAAUGUCGAAGUGCAGUUCAGGUCGUGGACCACGCUCUCUGUCUGCAGACCCAUGUUGUUCGCGAAUGUAGCUUUAGCAAACUCAUUUCAAGACAAACCCUGAUGGGCUGCAAGUAUUUGUUUUGUGUAAGUACAAAGUGGAAAUGUUCGCAUAAGAUCAUUGACAACUCAUUUAGAGAAGUACGUUCGGCAAUCGUUUCGCAUUAACCAUCCUUUUAGUGAUUCUGUUGUGUGAAUAGAAGAAAACACCUCUCAUUAGUGAGCCUUUACAAAUCAAGGACUCUUGUUGUAGUCAACUAAAAAGUAAUCUCUGAUAUUAUGUGAUGUUCUUGAGCACUGUAGCCUUCGACCGACAAUACUUGCAGGAGCUUUUACGAAAAUGUAUAGCCACAUUGUAUAGAUAGGAAAAUUUAUUUCCCUAGACGUUCCUCUCAAUGGAUUUAAUAUUUUAGCUAUCUCUUUGUCUCUUAUAAUCUUACCGAAGAUCUUUGUUGUAUGCCAUAAACUAAGCUGAUGACAGUAGCGAGACAAUAAAAUUCAAAUAGUUCAAAGCUUCACUAUGUGAUAUGUUCUCCUUCUAUAAAUUGUUUGUUAUUCUUGUGUUAUUGUGGAAGAAUCUCCGUCAGUUCUAAAUUGCAGAUUUUAUCCCCAAGAACGGUAAAUGUUUUGACUAGGAGUGCUCUCUGCUUACAGCCGUGAAAUCUUAGUCUGAUAUGACAAACGCAUCCGUGCGAGCAAUGACAUGACAAGUAAGAUUCAGGUUUUAUGAAUAUUGGCGCCCCUACUUGUAUAUAUCUGAAUUUGAACACGUUUGAACUGCUAGCAAAUGUUAAGUUACUGCUCAGCGCAUGACACGCCUGCAUGUAUCAGAACAUUCCCUAACUUUCUCGGCGGUUGUCUGUUUUGUCUACAUUGUAGUCGAAUCUUUUGUGUUCAAGUUGUACGCGCGACGAGAAGGGAGAUGUGCAUUCUAAAAGGCGUGAAAGCUCCAGCAAUGACGGUGGAAUCUUCGACGAAUCACGUGGGAAUAGCUGACGCUCAUUAAACACUAACCACGUCUUGGAUGAUCGACGGAUGUGUCCCGCACCAUCUUUCCGCCCGAGUAUAACUUCUUUUGUCGGUUCAGUCUCGCCCAAUAAAGAGCAUUUCCUCACCU